AUGUAUGGCUCCAAGAAAGCUGUCUCCGACGACGUAGAUCGAACGGCAUUUAGAAAAGCCGAAAAGCAGUACAAACUUUACUACGAUCAAAAUUCCAAAAAGAAAAAGCAACCAAAACAAGUCGAUCUAUCAGAGGUUUUAGAUUUCAAGUCAAUUUCGAAUUCCUAUCAUCAAAACGGUGAACUUCCUCCUGGAAUUGCCGUUGUUGAUUGCAGUUUUAAUCGCCCCGUCUUCGGCUUGGAAAGUCGGCCCGGUUUUUAUUUCCUUCCGGGGGUGCUGAGUGUCGAUGAACAAUGCAGAUGGAUAAGGGAGAGCUUAAUGAGUUUCCCGCAGCCUCCUAAUAGAACGAAUCACAAUGCAAUCUAUGGACCUAUAAGUGACCUGUUUAUUGCAGCGAAAGAGAGGAAAGUGUUGGUGGAGGAUGAAAAUACGCCGGCUAGGUUGGACUCUGGGUCCAAUGGUUGUGUCGGCAAUGGAGAUGCUCAUAGAUGGAGAUUUUGUGAGGAAGAUAGUGUUCCAUCAAUAGGAAAGACAUGUAAGUCCGUUCCAGCUCCUGUUUUACUGCGGAAGUUGCGGUGGAGUACCCUUGGACUGCAAUUUGACUGGUCUAAGCGUAACUACAAUGUAUCUCUUCCACAUAACAAGAUCCCUGAUGGACUCUGUCAGCUGGCUAAGAAAAUGGCUGCUCCUGCAAUGCCCAUGGGAGAAGAAUUCCAGCCAGAAGGUGCAAUAGUAAACUAUUUUGCAUCAGGAGAUACACUUGGAGGUCACUUGGAUGACAUGGAAGCUGAUUGGAGUAAACCUAUAGUAAGCAUGAGCUUGGGCUGCAAAGCUAUUUUCCUUUUGGGUGGAAAGUCUAAAGAUGACCCACCAUUAGCAAUGUUCCUCCGAAGUGGUGAUGUGGUGCUCAUGGCUGGAGAAGCAAGGGAAUGCUUUCAUGGUGUGCCUAGGAUCUUCGCUGACAAAGAAAAUGCUGAAAUCACAACCCUUGAAUCACGUUUCUGUGAUGAGAAUGAUUUCUUAGAAUACAUCAGAACCUCGAGAAUCAACAUUAACAUCAGACAAGUUUUUUGA